GUUGACAGCUGGCACGAUCUCGUCCAUUGAUUAACCACCCUACUCGACGGCGCAGACAGGAAGACUACAUCUGACUUUCCACUUGAUCUCACUGUCUCUUUUGUAUGACGUGGCAGAAUCUUAAACGUUGAUAUUUUAAGUGUUUCCCAUCAGUAAUUUUGGUACUACAAAUUUUUACCCAAAAAAAAAAAAAUUUUGGUACUACAAAAUUAAACCUCUCGGUCCAAAAAUGAAAAAUCAGCGCAGCAAUGGCGGCUUCCAUUUCUUUCUCUCUGGCAAACCCUGCCCUCGCCGCCUCCCCAAAACCCUCCCACCUUCUCCUCAAACCUUUCGCUCUCGCCUACGAGUCCGGCUUCUCCCAUUCUCUCCGCGCAACAUCCCAUGCCUUACGCGCUUCCUUUUCCACCCCACGCGUCACCGCAUUGACCCUAAGAGCCACCGCUCCUUCUUCCGUAUCUGCCCCCACUGCCACCACUUUCCAUGGCCUCUGUUAUGUUGUCGGUGACAACAUUGAUACGGACCAAAUUAUCCCCGCCGAGUACCUCACUUUGGUCCCCUCCAAUCCUGCCGAGUACGAAAAGCUCGGCUCUUACGCCUUGAUCGGCCUUCCCUCCUCCUACUCCACGCGUUUCAUCGAGCCCAAUGAAUUGAAAACGAAAUACUCCAUCAUCAUCGCUGGCGCAAACUUUGGCUGCGGCUCCUCGCGUGAGCACGCGCCCGUGGCGCUCGGUGCGGCGGGGACGAAAGCAGUGGUGGCGGAAUCUUACGCGCGGAUCUUUUUCAGAAAUUCCGUGGCCACCGGUGAAGUUUACCCAGUAGAAUCUGAAGUAAGGGUCUGCGAAGAGUGUAAGACUGGGGAUGUGGUGACUGUUGAGCUAGAGGAGGGAGGAAGCCGGUUAAUUAAUCACACCACAGGGAAGGAGUACAAGCUGAAGCCAAUUGGCGAUGCCGGACCUGUGAUUGAGGCUGGAGGGAUUUUCGCCUAUGCCAGGAAGACGGGCAUGAUCCCUACUCAGUGAGACUCUGAGGAUUGAGGCCAUUUGUUCUCUAAAAAACAUUUCUGGGCGUCUUAUAUAAUUUUAGUUUGAGUCUGGUUUGUAAUUCUACAUUGGCAGAUACUUGGAAACAAAACCUUUCCUAUUGCUCUUGAUCUCUCUUUUGAUUGAUAGUGGUGCUGGAAUUAGAAGUUUUGUUCAUCUUUUACUGCCUUUCUACUUUGUGCACUUUAUAUAUGUCUAGAAUUCGGGUGUUAGUUUCUUGUCUUUUUAAUGGUUGUAUCCAGUCUUCGAACUAAGCUUUUGAUUUCGCAAUAAAUUAUCAGUUGUUCU